UGUCGCCGCCUUGCAUAUCCGCUAGCAGUCAUGUUUUAUUAUACUCUUCUCGACUAUUUUCACAACUACUGUCACUCAAAAAGCCAAGUGAAGAUCCACAUUUCAUCCAUUUAUCAUUUUACCAUGCUCCGUAACUUCAUCAAGAGCAUUGUCAACACAUCGUUGAGUUGCGCAGAAAAGCUGCGUGAUAGAAAAAAGUUCGGCGUUCAUGGCGAUCUCCACAGUCGUCCGUGCGGGGGGACCGUGCUAUUGGUCUCUCCUAUACCACUUCCCACCCCGCCUGAUCACUUCUCAAACACCGACACUCCUCUAUCCUCGAUUAUAGAUACGGAGGAUGCUGUUUGUCGUGGACAAAUGCCCUCUCGGAUUGGAACACCCACCCUCGAAGGUAUGCCCGAUGAAAUACAAUGCCAUAUCCUCGGGUUUCUCUCAUAUAAUGAAAUUAUACGAUGCUCUUUGACCUGCCUGACACUAUACAACACAGUCAAAGGCUCUGUUGAGCUGCAGUACAUCAUCGAACUCGGUGCUCAACGGUUGAUCGAAGUACAUCCGCGGUCGCCUACCACCUCUCUAGCAGACUGCUUGAGCAUCCUCAGAAAAAAGGCAAACGCGUGGAACAAUUUCAAGCCCAUUGCUACCGAUGCGUUUCGCGUCAAGACCUUGUUCGACUUAAACUCGGUCGUUCAUCGAAACAUCAUCUCCUGUACGCCGUCGGUGCACGUCGAUGCUGCGUCCAACACUGUGGAUAUCAAGACCAACAGCACGUGUACCGCCAAAGUCGUGAUGAAUCCCAAUCCGGUUCCUCAUACGUACAGGUACAUGGACGAGUCUCAAGAUAUCGAGGUCAUCAUUACAUUUCCGAUCGAUGUCGACUCUAAUGGCUUCAAGUACCGAGUAUCCUUCCGUUCGAUAUCAACGGGGGAGGAACAUCCUUUGUCUCAUGGAUCUCGUGUGGUGGGUGGUAGAGCCGCUUGCAGCGAAGCUCAGUUCAUCAAAAUUGCCGUUGCUGUCUUCGAUGAUCGCCUCGCAGUCUAUAUUGCCGGGCUCGAUGAAAUGAGGGGCCCGUGCUGGUCGCUGCACGUCUUAAGUUGGCAACGACCUAGUCAAGCUGAUGACUUAUGUGUUAUCGGCGACGGAACUGAGUUGCUGGACAUACGUUUUCUUGUGAAGGAGAAGCUUAUAGCUCUUUCGACAGAUGGUCAUAUACACCUCUACGACACUGAGGAUCCGUCAAAGGCGCCGCGGCUUCAUGCAAGAUUCAUGAUGCCCGUCCAUGGCAAGUUGGGCGUAUUCGAUCACCCAUCAAAUUUUCAUAGUGCCACGAGCUGUGCAGACCUCGCGGUACCAGUCGACCAUUGGAUCUGGGCAACAAACCCUGCAGAUCGAGUCAUAUCAGUGACAUGGGCCGAUCCUUCGUCGAUGUAUAUCGUAUCUGCUCACAUAUUUUUCAUGGACGUUCCUUCGACAUGGUUUGACGCGACGUCAGAAGAUGGACGGUCAGUCAAAUGGUCAUCAUGGGGUCCACAAAACUCUCGUCUCGUCCCUGAUGAAAGGUUCGGCAUGCAAAGGCGGUGCUUUUUUGGAGUGGGUGGAUCUCGUGUUAUAUGGGCUGGUCCUGUCGCGGAUCGAAGUGAUUCGUCCUUCCAGUUAUACAUGACUGACUUUAAUCCCUCGGUUGUGGCGCGUGGUAUCGGCAAGGUGGUUCGCGGACCUACGACAUCGGUGGGUCUCCCAUCGGACAUGCAGGUGUCGACGUACCUCCCUUUCGUGGAGGUGUCCCAUGACGAAGCUUUCGAUGCCCCUCUUUGGGAUAUCAAACUCGACGAGGAGACAAUGGUGGAGUGGAAAAUGCAGGCCGACGUCUUUGAAAUGUAAUUGUGGUCAUAAGUGUUUACGAGAGAUUGUCUAUCAUUAUGCCAUUGAAACCUACCUGUCGCGCACCUUGGUGUAUAUUAAGAGCCCAAUCUCGAGUCAUGUAUCAGUCGAAUAUACCAUCUCUGUCGACAAACCUAUUCAAAUU